GUGGGUGAAGAGGAUUGAAUUCCAGCCUGACAGGAGGAGCUGCAAGAGUCAAUUCAAUUGGAAGCUGUUCCAAUCUCUGUCCAGCCCAAAUAUGGGGAAGAAGAGCAGAGUGAAGACCCAGAAAUCGGGAACAGGGGCCACAGCUGUGGUCUCCCCCAAAGAGAUGAUGAACCUGAUCUCUGAGCUCUUACAAAAGUGCAGCAGCGCAGCCCCGUCUCCGGGAAAGGAAUGGGAGGAGUACAUCCAGAUACGCGGCCUGGUGGAGAAAAUUCGCAAAAAACAGAAAGGCUUGUCUGUAGUGUUUGACGGAACGAGAGAGGACUACUUUCCAGAACUCAUGGCUUGGGCUGCAAAAAGCGGCGCGUCCUGUGAGGGAUUCGAAAUUUCGAGUUUUGCUGAGGAGGGCUACGGUCUGAAGGCCUCAAGAGACAUCAAGGCAGAUGAGUUAUUUCUGUGGAUCCCCAGGAAAAUGCUGAUGACUGUAGAAUCAGCCAAGAAUUCUGUCCUCGGCCCUCUGUACAGCCAGGACAGGAUUCUGCAGGCCAUGGGGAACGUGACCCUGGCCUUCCACCUGCUGUGCGAGCGGGCCAACCCGGCCUCCUUCUGGCUGCCCUACAUCAAGACCCUGCCCAGCGAGUACGACACGCCGCUCUACUACGAGGAGGAAGAGGUGCAGCUGCUGCAGUCCACCCAGGCCAUCCAGGACAUCUUCAGCCAGUACAAGAACACGGCACGGCAGUACGCCUACUUCUACAAGGUCAUACAGACCCAUCCGAACGCCAGCAAACUGCCCUUGAAGGAUGCCUUUACCUUCGAUGACUACAGAUGGGCCGUGUCGUCCGUAAUGACUCGGCAGAACCAGAUCCCCACCGAGGACGGGAGCCGGGUCACCCUGGCCCUCAUCCCGCUCUGGGACAUGUGUAAUCACACCAACGGACUGAUUACGACCGGUUACAACCUGGAAGACGACAGGUGCGAAUGCGUCGCCCUGCAGGACUAUAAAGAGAACGAACAGAUCUACAUUUUCUAUGGGACACGAUCCAACGCGGAGUUCGUGAUCCACAACGGUUUCUUCUACGAGGACAAUGCCCACGACCGGGUUAAGAUCAAGCUGGGAGUGAGCAAGAGCGAGAGGCUGUACGCCAUGAAGGCCGAAGUCCUGGCACGGGCUGGCAUCCCCUCGUCCAGUAUCUUCGCCUUGCACUGCAGCGAGCCCCCCAUUUCAGCCCAGCUCCUGGCGUUCCUGCGGGUGUUCUGCAUGACUGAAGAGGAGCUGAAGGACUACCUGGUGGGUGACCACGCCAUCAAUAAGAUCUUCACUCUGGGCAACACGGAGUUUCCGGUCAGCUGGGAGAACGAGAUCAAGCUGUGGACCUUCCUGGAGACCAGAGCUGCGCUGCUUCUCAAAACCUACAAAACCACCUCGGAGGAGGACCGCCUGCUGCUGGAGAAGCCCGACCUCUCCUUCCACUCCCGCGUGGCCGUCAAGCUGCGCCUGGCCGAGAAGGAGAUCCUGGAGCGGGCGGUGUCCAGCGGCCGGGCCAAGCGCCAGCACUUCCAGAAGCAGCUAGAGGAGGGCGCGCCGCUGCCCAGGUACGAGGAGAGCAACAUCUCCCUGCUGGAGAACUCCGACUCUGACUCCAAGCUGCCCAUCAUCCUACGCAAGCUGGAGGAGACGGAGGAGGCGGCGGAGGAGGCGGAGGAGGAGGAGGAGGAGGCGGCGGAGCGGGACCUGAGCGUGGCGCGGGCGCUGGCGGAGGUGCAGGCCGGAGAGGGACCGGAGGAGGCCCUCCUCAAUGGGGAAAGGAAGGCGCCGCACAACACCAAGCCAGAGCCGCAGCAAGCCGGAGACAAGGCGGAGAACGGCGUGGGCGACAAGCCGGAGAACAGCGAGGGCUGCAAGCUGGAGAAUGGUAAGGGUGACGAGAUGGAGAACGGCGACAGCGCCUCGCACGACGUCGACCAAAGUGCCAAACGAACUGGAGACGAAGCCAAAGACGAUGGUAACUAAAACCACACCAAGCAGAGCGCCACCCUGUAGUUCCCUCGUUAUUUAUUUAUUUUUGUCUCUCCAAGUGACUUUAAGAAAAAAAAAAACACAAAAAGGAACAAAAGAAUCAGAAACUGAAAAGGCAGAACUUUUCACCGUCUGUUCGUCCCCCAUGUGGCUUAGUUACGUGUGCGCUGCAGACAGAACCGUACAGCUUAGCGCUGCUCUUAUGUCCUUAACCAAGCCCUCUGACAUUGUUAACACGUGUUCUGUGUUGAGUUUUUAACAGUGCCACACUGUUGCAUAAUGUUCCUGCUUAUAGAGAGAUGUGGGGAAAUUAUAGGAAAAUAUACUUAUUGGCUUUAUAUUCUUAGUAAAUUUUGAUUUUAAAGGUCAGCCCAGGUUAGACCCAAACUUGGACCAAACUGGUGAUGCCCUGCUCAGCCCUCUGAUCCAGGAUCAGUUUGCACUGCAGUUCCUCUGGGAGACCAUGAACAACUGAGCAAAGGAGAGAAACAAAAGCAGCAGUAGAUUGUUCGUGGUUGGCGGUUGGCUACAGGUUUGGGUUUAAUGACUGCUUUCAUUAACUUAUUCAGUCAGGUUUUGCAGAGUUAGGCAAGCUUUUUUUUUAAUAUACUUUUUUUUUUUCACCCCACACGUAGAAUAACUGAGUGGAUGAAUGUAUCUUGAGCAGAAACCAACAUCUGUUUUUCUGUGUCCCUCAUGCCUGACUGAUGUAAUGAAUUGACAAUCUUUCCUCAUGUGAGUUCGAGUUCCUGUCUGUUGAG